UUCACUUCAAAUCAAAGUUACACGGAGUAAAUUAGGCUGAUUUUGAGAAUUUCAGAAAACUGGACUCACGGAAAAUCUCGCGAACUGUGACAAUUAGCGAGACUACUUUUUCAACUUUUACACAUGAUUUGGGACAGAGAAAAUAGGGGGCCACAGAUUUUCUUCUGAAGAUAGCUGGGUCCAGGGUUGCUGGAACAAUAUGGCUCUUAAAACAAAGCCUCGGUCCCUUGAUGCCAUUUGUGCCAAACUGAAAAGGAUUAGUAAUGAUAAUGAUGGCAAUAGCCCCCUACCAUCCACAUCUACACCAUACAAACCUGUAGUCCCCACUGACCUGACAACUAAUGGACACAAGGAAAACAACAACAAUUUAGAUGUUCUCCGAUCAUUAUCUAAUGGAAAUGACGUGGAUGAAAAUGACGAUACCAACUGUAGAAGUACCUGUGGAUCUCCUGUGGAAUUUAACGAAAAUUCUCAGAAUAAUGUCUCAUCAUCUAGUCGUAGGAAAAGGAAACUGGCGGUUCCUAGAAAUAUUAAUCAGGUACGGGACAGAAUAGACCAGAUAGACGAUUUCGAUGAGAAAGAUGAACUUGCAGAGUACACGAUUAAUAAUCAAAACACUACAUUCCCCCCAGAAAAUGAAUCUGACGAUGUAGAUAGCUUAGAGAACGAGUCCGAUUUAUCAUGUGAUAAAAAUAACAUUUCUAAUGACAGCGGAGUAGCUGGAGACACCUAUGUACCUCCUGUCACAGAAAAGUCAAUUGAUAUAGCAACAGCUAUGGCUGCUGCUUCUGCUUUACGCCACUCAAAACAGAUUCCACCCGCUCCAUCACCGUCAUUUUUCAACAGUAGAAAACAUUCCCGUAAACCUUCAAACUUAAAAUCUAGUCUUAUGAAUGCACCAUUAGAUUUAUCAAUGACUAAAUCUUUUGGAAGUAGUGAUAGUUUUAACUCUAUGAAUGCAGCCGAUAGUGAAAACGAGACUGCAGAAGAUUUGUCAUUAACUGCAGAAGAUUUGUCCAAAACUGCUGAUGUUUCUAAUACUGCUGAAGAUUUGUCAAAAACUGCUGAAAAUGUUCCAAAAAAUGCUGCUGUAAAAAGUCCAAAUGUAGAUAUUUCUGUUUUAAAAGACUAUGCUGAAAGUACAAUGAAUGAACUAUUGCAAAUGUAUGGUUUUAGUGGUAAUUCUGAUGGCCUGACAAAACAGGUGCCCCUAGCUAACUUUAACUCCAACCAGAUUCUUCAGACGACCAUGGCUCAGGGAAAAGACAUCGCCAAAGUCCUGACAGCUGUCUCACAACAGAAGAAUGGGCUGAAUAACCUAAGCAUGGCCGACAAGAAAGGCAUCUAUGCAAACUUUGUAAAUGCCGCUCAGAAACUGAAGCAAGGAGAUGGGAUCAAGCCACCAAACUUGAACAGUACCAGUAGUCUGCCACAGGAAUUUACAUCAGUGAAGCCACUAGCCACAAUAUCUAAGUCACCACUGUCAGCCAGCUCUGUCAAACAUGGUUUGGCUGAAUAUUCUAAAUAUCUCAAAAGGUUUAGCAAUGGAACUGACUGUAAAGUUAAAUACUGCAAAGAUCUGGGAUAUCGGGAACAUUAUCACUGUAUGGACUGUAACUUCCGAGUGUUUGUCAAAAAAGAAGAGAUGGUCCGUCACUACAAGUGGCAUAGGAAACGAGAAGAAUCGUUACAACAUGGUUUCAUGAGAUACAGUCCCCUUGAUGACUGCAGUCAGAAAUUUGGGACGUGUACACAUAAUGGACGACAGACACAUUACCAUUGCCUUCAGGAUUGCUGUGAUAAGGUCUACAUUAGUACAUCAGAUGUACAGAUGCAUGCCAACUAUCAUCGUAAAGACUCUGCCAUCAUACAGGAAGGUUUUCAGAGGUUCAGAGCCACAGAGGAUUGUGGGACGCCCACAUGUUCCUUCUAUGGACAGAGAACUACUCACUUCCAUUGUCGCAGAUCUGGAUGUCACUUUACAUUUAAAAACAAGGCUGAUAUGGAAAAACACAAGACAUACCAUCAGAAAGAUGAAGUUUUAGCUAAAGAUGGAUUCAAAAAGUUUAUGAAAUAUGAACACUGUGGAUACAUGGGAUGUCGUUAUUCAAAAGUCAGCAACCACAUACACUGCAUAAGACAAGCUUGCAACUAUGUGCUUCAUUCAACUGCUCAGCUUUAUUCUCAUAAAAGGAAACAUGAAAGAAGAGAAUUUGAGACAGCAUACCAGAAAUACAGAGACGGUAGCCAGGACAUGAUGGAUCCUAUGGGAGACAACUCCAUGAAUAACUCAACGAUUUACUCAGAACAGGAUCUCUCCAUGGACUCGAUGAAUGACAGUUUCCCACCCCCAUCUCAGGUUAUGCAGGAGUCAAUGUUGCUGCCGGUGACAAUCAAACGAGAGGCGCCAGACAGUGCCAGCUCUGGAGAUUCAAAGAGAUUUAAAUUUGACAACUUGCAGGAUGACAGUAUGUCCGACCAAAUGAGCUUUAAAUCAGAAUCUGAAUCAUUUCAUGACGAGUCUUCAGUCAUUGAAGAAAAUUCUAUACUGACGGAAAAGUCAUCUUCUUCUAUUGUCGAGGAGUAUGGGACCAAAAUAUCAGGGGAACAGUUGAACAGUUCCCUGACUCUACCUAUUCCAUCUGUUGCAGAUGAUUCAGACAUGAAACCAGUAGAAAAACCACCACAAUUCUCAGUACCUCUUCCUCAGAAUAAACAACCUGUGUACAUGACAACCUCAAUAGCACCUCAACAUCUCUUACCUCCAAUGUCAGGGAGGACACAUGAUAAAAGAGAAAAAGAUGAGUCAUGGAAAAGCUACCUCAUAAGAUAUACAGCCAAUGACCCUUGUAACUCCAGAUGUCAGUAUUUAUAUAAAGACCACUACCAUUGUAAAGUUGAGGGAUGUCUGGUUCUAUUCAAGUCUAAAGAUGGUGUUAGAGAGCAUGCUAGGUUCCAUGAAUUACAAGACCGUAUCACCCCAGUAGCUUACACUACGUAUGAACAGUUAGAGAUGUGUUCUGAUGGGUGUGAAUUUAAUCUGAAGGAAAAACAUUAUCAUUGUAUUUGGACUGGGUGUUCCCAUGUGGUGCCACAUUCUGGUCCUACAUUUGGCAGACUAGAACAUUACAGAAUACACGAGUAUGCACGAGCUUCUGCUGGAAAAUCUUAUAGACCCUCUUCCUGUAAAAAUGAUGAUGGAUCUCCAAAGAGGAGAGGGCGUCCACCUAAGUAUCCUAAAAAUGAUAUCCCAAUCAUACCUAAAGUAGAACUGUCUCAUGAAGAGAUUGAGGAGUCAACCAAAGGACUAGAGGUCGAUAAUUAUGGAAUACCACAGGUUAUCAAUGGGUUCAAAAUUUUCAAGCAAGGAGAUAUAUGUCCUGACGAGUUUUGUAUCUAUAGACUGCAACAGCACUACCACUGUGCUCGUCCACGAUGCCAUCAGGCAACGGAUAGAAUGGAUGUACUCAAUCUUCAUGCCAAAGACUUCCAUAGCUUUGUAAAUAUCAUGGAGGGAUUUGAAUUUUUUGAUAGGAACGUGAACUGUCGUAGGCCACACUGUCACAAUAAUAAAGCUAACAGACAUUUUCAUUGUGUUCGUCCUAAAUGUGAUUACUCAUUUGUAAGACAUAGCACCAUGCUUCAACACGACAAGAAACAUCAAGCGUCAGAAAUGGGCACUGUUAUUCAAACAUCACCCAUCCCAGAUGUACCAACAUCGUCUGUUGUAUCCAAAGCUAUCGCUCAUAGCCCAACGAUAAAGACAUCAGGUACAUUUUAUCCAUUAUCUGGUCUCUCUAAAGGUGAAGGUAUUCAGAUGUCCUCGGUCUUUUCUGUGCAGCCAAUGGUAUCAUCUUCAAUUUCUGGUGGAUUAUCAUCGUCUACGACUUUUACUCCCAUCGCUGUUCCAACCUUUGCAUUAUCAGGUGUACCAUUACUAUCUCCUGGUAUUGGAAACUCUGUGUCGCUUCAGUCUGCAGUAAAACUUCAAUCUCCAACGGUAACCAGUACCAUAACACCUUUGGCUGCAGCACCUCUCACUGUACUGUUACAACAGAAGGGCAAUAACCUGCCUCCCCAAGUGUCAUGGCCGUUGCUUAGAAACACCAUGCAUUUUCUAGCUCAACAAAACUGUGGUCGUCCUUUCUGUAAGUUGAAGAAACGUGACCAUUAUCAUUGUACUGAAUGUAAUCAGGCCUUUUCUGAUCCAGCUCGAUUACGUGCUCAUGUAAGCAGACAUGGUAUUAAACUAGCCAAAACUGAAGGUAUUACACAUGGCCUAGUCAACAUUGCUCCAAAACCUGAGAACAUGAACUGGAAUGUUACUCCUGUCAAAACUGAACCGGCUCCCAGUUUGGAAGAUGGAGAAAACACAGAGGAUGCUGAAUCUUCACUCAAUCUAAACCCAAAUAUAUUUUCUACCAUGAUAGCUAAAGCUCAAAAAGCUCACAAUGAGGUCACAGACAUGAACGAGAAUUCAAAUGAUGAGGACGAGGGGAGACUCGUCAUUUCUGAACUGGAAAACGAGAGCGAUGAUCUAGAUCAGAAUGAAGCACAAGAUCUCAGUAAAUGGUCUGGUCGUAAGCGCAGUGCACCAAAGAAUCUGGACUUUGUGGAUACAACUGUCGUAGUAACAAAAACCAAGAGGACUAGCAUUAGUCCUAAAAGACUGAAAGAUGAUUCCAUCCCGAAUGGUUACAUACGUAUUAAAUUCAAGGACGAUUGUGGGUAUGCAAAAUGUGCCUAUAGAUCAGGGAUCACUCAUUUUCAUUGUGCUAGGGAGGAUUGUGGUUAUAGUUUCAGUGAUCGAUCUCGUCUCAUUCAGCAUACGUUACGACACGAGAGGAUUGACAGUCUGACCGGUGGAGAAAUGCAGCAAUAUCGCAUGAACCAGGACUGCCACCGUUCCUCAUGCGAGUAUGAAGGGAAAGCAUCUCACUUUCACUGUCUCAAAUGUGACUAUAGCUGUACCGAUUCUAGUAAGGUACUCACUCAUCGUAAAAACCAUGCAAAAAUGGAAAGUAUUAACUCUCAGGGCUUUCACAAGUACGGUAUCACAGAAGAUUGUAAAUUCUUUGCUUGUCAGUAUUCUGGCAAACAGAGCCAUUAUCAUUGCUUGAAGUCAGGUUGUAACUUUGGAGUGUUGGGACCAGCUCAGAUGGCCUCGCAUAAACUUAAACACGCUGAUGAAUCUUUUUAGAGAUAACUCUUGUUCAUGUCAUCAGGUGUAUUGUUUUGUUUGUUAAACUAAAGCACACUGAUGAAAAUUUUUUUAAGAGAAGUUUAUCUCUUGUUCAUGUUAUCAGGUGUAUUUUCUGUUUGUUUUUGUUUUGAUCAUUCCAGAUUUAUACAAUUUCAUGUGGCAUAUUGUCAUUUUAUGUGAUUUUUUACACAAAAAAAGUGCACUUCACAAAACUGCUUAAAUCGUUUAUGCAAAUUUCUAUUUCAGUCUUUCUAAUUUUAUUUUUAUCAAAUGUUCCAUUCCAUGAAGACUGCUGAUAAAUAUUUAUAUGUACAGAGUAAUGUGGAUUCCUUAUUAUUUGUGCGGUACCCAUUUUCAUGGAUUUCGUUGACAGAGGUAACCCCUAUUUUAAAUAUUUAACGAAGUAUAAAUUUUCUUUAGGCUUGUAUGCAGAUUUCCUCAAUCCACAACAUCAAAUAUCCAUAAAAAUACAAUUUUCCUCAAUCCACAAAAAUUGGUACCCACAAAAAUAAAUGAAUUCUUCAUAUUCAGAUUUUUUUUUCAAUGACACAUUCCAAUUUUAUAUUUACACAGAAUGGAAACCAUCAUAUUCAGAUAUUCAUUUAUUUUGCAAAUUAUUUUUUGUACACAGAAAUAUUUAUAUAACAAACAUUCCAGAAUUUUUUGUAUAACCCUGUAGAUUUUCGAAUUUUUGAAAAUCGAACCCAUAAAAUAUUGUAGGUAAUCUUAUCUGGCAUUUAACAUUUCCAUUUCUGGUGGGUUGGUUUUUAGUCAACACAAUUAGUUUCAUGAUAUUCUUUAGGAAUCUUUAUUAGUUUUAAGGUAAUUUUUGUCAGUAAGAUCUAGUCUAUCUUUUGAAAAAAGUCUUUAACUUUUUACAUAGAUAAGAAUUGUAAAUCUUCACUCAGAUUUUAUUUUAUUGAAAACUAUGCAAAAUUUAUUUUACAGUAAUAAAAAAUUGUUUCAAAUAUGAUAUAUAAAAUUUAUAUUUCUUGCAAAAAAUAUAUUUUUAUGUGUGGGGAGAAUUCUUCUAAUAUCACUAAGAUUUUUCUUUCCUUUAAUUAUUUUUAUAAAAUGAUGUAUUUUGAGUUUUUGUUUUAACCUGUAUUUUUUUUUAUUUUUGAGAAAGAAUGAUAAUGUAGUUCUUUCAAUGGGUUAUUAAGUAUUCAGAAAAGCUAUUUAAUUCUUUGUACAUAGCUCCAGAUAAAGAUUGCAGUGUUGAAUAAUAAAAAGAAACGUUCACUUUCUUUAGUUUCAUAGAUAAAACAGAUAUAUAUAUAUAUAUAUAUAUAUAUAUGCAGUAUUCUUUAAAAUCAGUAUUUGUCAAAUCGUCAAGUCCCAUGUAUAUUAAAAAUUAAGUAUAUGUUUCUUUUAAAGGGCUUUUCCAUUAAACAAAUGAUGUUGGGUAGAAAGGACUUCUAACAACCACACUUCUCCCCCUCAACAUAAACAUUUUGUUUGAAUAAUUUUGCAAACAUCAAAUAGACAAAUCACCAACAUCCCUAUGUCCAAAAAUGAAAUUCCCUUUCUCCCCUACAACAUUCACUUUAAUAGAAUAGCCCUAAUAUGUAUUAUAUUUGGAAUUUAACCUUGUCACAUCGAAACUAUAUGCACAUGCAAAUAUGUCUUUCCUUAUGCAAAGCUUUGUAAAUUUAUAAUCCUGCUAAAAGAUUUAAAAACCCCUGUUAUGUAAAUGUAUACUCCAAUUAAGGCCAAAAAAAUGAUAAGUGUGUUUUAUGUUGCCUUGUCAUCCUUUGUUUCUAGUGCUGAACUUAAAUUCUGAUUUUUGUAACUUUUAGCAAACAACUGUUUCCAAGUCCAGUGCUUACAGUCAUAAAACUGUUGAGUAAGAUUAUCAUACUCAGACUCAGAAAUCAUCCAAGCAAAUACUAGAUUUGUUGUUUUCAAGCAUAAAUUUUCACUCCGAGUACGGACAAAAGUUUUAUGUCUGAAAGGCCAGAUCCAUGCCUAGAUUUUAUGUACAGAUGAUGAUCUGUCUGCCAUAUUUUUUAUGCUUUUGCAAUAAAAAAACUCACUAAUCUUGUUUUGACCAAAAAAGGGACUGUAGAGAAAUAUGUAUUCUAUUUGUUGUUGUCUGUUGUAUGAUGCCAGUAUUUAUUUGUUUGUUGAGUUAUAUAUUUAUUUAUUGCACUCUAUACUUUACACAGUAUUAAAUAAUUAAAUAUUUAUUUUCUAUACCAAAAAAUGUGUUUGUGCUGUAAUUGAAGUUAGCAAAUUUGCGGAGAGGUUUAUGAUUCUAUGAUACUUUUGUUUUUCAUUUAUUUGAGAAAGAUAUUUGUUUGAAAUUAGGCCAUAUGAAAAAUAUUGAUUUUUUUACUCCAUACUUGUGUCCUUUUGGAAAGUUUACUUUAUAUGUAUAACAAGUAUGCAAGGUAGAUAAGAAUGUAAUGGAUCAAGUCUAAUCUAUCCAAAAUUUGACCAAACCUGAUGUUCCCUGUUCAUAAUAAAUAUUCCCUGUAUAUAUAAUCAUUCUCAAAUGUUUUUGAAUUGCAUUCAAAGAAAGGAUUGAAAUAACAGAUAUCUGAAUAAUAAACAUGAGUUUAUCUAAACACAUUUUUCAUAUGGCCUAAUAUAUAUGUAAAUAUUCAAAGUUAUUUAUAAGACACAAAGAGUCUGGAUAUAUUGAGGUAUAAAUAUAUGGAAAUUUAUGAAUGUUUGUUAGUAUGAACUGUAAGCAUCUUAAUAAUUGAAAAUGUCUAGUAAAAAUGUGUGUUUACAACAGUGAUCAACAGUAACGGGCCUGCAUGGGAAUAGAUAUUUGACAAAUUUAAACAAUAAAAGAAUAAAUUGAUUUUUCAAUUUGCAAUGUUUAAGAAAAAUGAUACAUAAAAGUGGCUAGACCAUAGACCAUAGACUCCUCUUUUUAGGAAUCAAUAUAAAAUCAUAUGUUUUGAUAACAAAGUAUUGUUACCAAUCUGCCAAUACUAUUCUGCUAAUUAGAGUUACUUUGGAAAACAAACUGCUGAUUAUUAUUUCAUGGACUGUUAUUUUUUGUUGUUUGAAGUAUGUGAAUGUACAUUUAAUAUAACUCUACAUUAAUUGUUUGUGUUGAAGGGUGUGUUUGACUUAAGUAGUUACAAAGUGUUUGGACUAAUGUAUGUGUGUAUUCAUUUUAUGAUGAUCUUUGACAUCAUAUUCCUUUGCAUUCCAUAUCUACCAUAGAAUUAAAAAAUUACAGAAAUUCUUAAGAGGUGACUCUUUAAAAAUGCCGAUAUUAAAAGAGGAAAUAACUCUAAGAGAAGCUUUCAUAAAUAAAGUAAAAAUAUGUUAGGAAGUCAAAUUGAAAUCUGGCAUAUUUUAUUGUAUUAGACUAUGCAUUUACAUUCAAACCACCAAAAGAUCUCUUAUUUAUAUCAAAAUGAAACAUUAAUUUUUUUUAUAUUUAUGUAAUUACAUAAAGUACAUUAUUAUCAAAAAUUGUUUAUGAGAGGACAUCUCAUUCAUACCUUAUUCAGCUUUUUAAGGAUGUUCACUCCUCUUGUUUUUGAAUUUUGCCAGAUAUUCUGAAUCCUCUGGUUUUAUCCAUGUAGUGCCAUUAAACAAUUUUUGCCUGCUUACCCCUACUUUUCUGUUUACAAUUUUAUUACAUAUAGUUUAAAAAGCCAUAUUUCAAAAUCCUUAAAAUCCUUUUUAUUUUUUCAUAGUUUUUAAAAGAAAAAGCGUGACAAUGUUAAAUGUAUGAAAAGUCUAGAGAGAAUCAUUUCCUGCCAAAUUUUCAGUGGCUUAUAUCUCGAAAAGAGCACACUGACCCUACAUUUUUUCUGCUUUUUUAGUUUCUUUAUUUAUAUACUAUCAAUUUAUAGCAGUCUUUCAAAAAGCUUGUUAUUUUGAAACAGAGGAGCCAACACCCUUAACAGUUACAUGAUUUGCAUAUUACAAAACCACCAAUAAUUUUGUGUGAAAGGGCAUUUUGUUUGUAUCUAUUUUAAAUGUUAUGAGAAAGUUAUAUAGACCUGUUUUUGUUUUCAUAGAAGUGUAAACAAACCAUUGUAGUUCUAACAGAGUUUUCUUUGUUAUUAAACAGACAUUCCAUAACAGCCAGGGUUGUGGAAUUAAAUUUA